GAUAGCAAACAAGAUGGAAAGUACGAAUAAGGCAAACACAAAGAAUUAUAAAUUACAGAAACACGUGAAUUUCUUUAGGUGAAUGUUAAUAAUACUUUCAGUAAUUCUAGAGUCAAACCCGUUAAUUGUGAAUCGUUAUUCUCUUGGAGACAAUGGAACACUCUCAAGGGAGGCCGCUUAUUUAUUUGGAUGAGCACAAACUAAAGCAGGAUGCAAACGACUAUGGAUUGUCCGAUGAACUUUGGGAUUUUGAACACUUUAAACAGCAAUUGCAGAUAGUGAUCGUACGAAAUGAAGAGGACGAAUUGGAAUUUGACAUGAUAGGUGUAAGUCCAGCCAUUGCUAAUGCAUUUCGACGAUUAAUGUUGAGUGAGGUUCCAAGUAUGGCCAUCGAAAAGGUUCACAUUUAUAACAACACGUCCAUCAUUCAAGACGAGGUGCUCGCGCAUCGACUUGGUUUGAUUCCGCUGAAUGCCGAUCCCAGACUGUUUGAGUACAAGGUAAACGAAAAUGAUCCAGCAAACGCCUUGGACACUUUGGAAUUUGAACUGAAAGUAAAAUGCACCCGUAAAAAUAAAGAGUCUACAGAAAUCACUAAUAAUGACAACAUGUACAAAAAUCACAGCAUUUACUCAGGCCAGAUUAAAUGGGUUCCGAUUGGUAAUCAAGCGUCAAUAUACAAAGAAAGUGAUGUUGGACCAAUAAACGACGAUAUAUUGAUAAGCAAAAUGCGUCCCGGUCACGAAUUCGACAUAAAACUUUUCGGUGUAAAAGGAAUAGGUAAAGAUCAUGCCAAGUUUUCACCGGUUGCAACUGCUUCCUAUCGGCUAUUACCAGAUAUCCGUCUCAAUCGGCCAGUUUUUGGCAGGGAUGCUUUGCUGUUGCAGAAAUGCUUUUCUCCGGGAGUGAUUGAAAUCGACAAAAGUGAGCACGCGUAUGUGAAGGAUGCUAGAUAUGAUAGCUGCAGUCGAAAUGUGUUCCGAUAUCCUCAAAUUGCCGAUGCUGUUACAAUGAGCCGCAUUCGGAAUCAUUUUAUUUUCACAGUGGAAUCUUUGGGAGCCUUGAAACCGGAUGUCAUUUUUGUGGAGGCGGUUAAAGUGCUCAAAAAGAAAUGUAAAUUGUUCCUUGACGAAAUAAAAGGAAAUUAGAAUUGUGUUGGAUAA